AUGAAGGCAGUCAGCCAAGAAGCCAGCCAACAGGCUGACAUUUCCUCCAGCCGCUGUCUUCCCUUCACACUCUGCUCUCUCCCCUCAGUCCAACACCGCUGCUGUUUCUAUCAGGCCAAAUGUCAGUGCACACACCUCAGCGCAGGUUUGGCUGCUCUAGCCACCAGACCUGGCCACACACGGCUCAGUCCUGCAUCCUGGCCAGGGGAACCACGAGGAGGAGGGGGGAAUCAAUCAGACCCAGGCUCAGGCCCUCUCCUGCAGCUGGCAGCUCACCCAGGCGAAGAGCACCUGAGUCAGGAAACCAUCUGCUUUUUGGCCCGGUCUGAACAACCCUGGACACACCUGCUGAGCCCCGAGAACAAGCCAUUUGCCGUUGGACUGAGGGAUGCCACUGCUGUAGUUCUGCUCUCAGUAUGCAUUAAGAGCUCAGGAGCUGCUGCCGGGAUGGAGCCGAGGAAGGCUAUCAGCUGA